AUGGAUACAUCUCAACGUGCUGUGCCACUCGGGGUCCCGAUAUCCUCAAGUGAUGAAAGCUCACAUACAUCAUCGCAUCAUAAUCAUGAUUAUCCGGUACCGUCGCAGCUUUCGCCCGACCUAGCUUGGAGUCAGCAAAACCUCCUUAGUCUUGAUGGAGGCGGUAUCCGAGGUUAUUGGACACUUCUGGUUCUGCAACAGCUCAUGAUAUGUAUUGCAAGAGAAGAAAGCCGUCAAAUGAACGGUAGCGAAGAGCAUCAUAGCUUCUACCCGUCGCAGUUUCCCUCAAACAAAAAGAAAAGCGCCGGCUCGCUCCAGGACACCGGGCUUUCACUUGGGCUUGUGUCCGUGAUGCUCGAAAAUUCCUUCCAUGUCAUUAUUUUGACUACAUAUGCGGCUCUAGCACUGGCGCGACGUUUUCGCAUGCCCGUGUGGGAUUGCUUACAAGAAUACGAGAAAAUGAGCCACUUGAUAUUCGGUAAACCACGCAUCAUCUCCCAACGGAACAUUGGAAUCGUGCAGUGGCCAAAGUUUAGUGCUACUGCUAUGGAAAAAGCAUUUCAAGAUGUCACCGCGAGAAGGCGAGAGCAAAUUCUUCGAAGCACAGAAGAUAUAACCUUUCCCUCGCCACAAGGUAUAUGCCAGACAUUUGUCACCACUCGCGGAUACGAACGCAAGAAAGACGCACCUGUGACUGUGGAGAAGCUUUAUCUACUUCGAACCUACGUUCCUGGAAGGAGAGAGCGUCUCGUGUCUAGGAGUCGACAGCUCACCAACAGCAGCACGUUCAACGAUGAAAGAAGAAAUGAAAGGUCAGCAGAUAAUUGGCAAGUCUGGCGAGUAGCACGCGCAGCGACGGCAGCGCCAAUGUAUUUUACGGAACUGGCACAUCGACAGGACGGUAUAAGUGAGAGCGGGACAGUGACCUACUUUUCUGAUGGUGGGUUCGGCGCGGAGAACAAUCCCACUGAUGAAGGUAUCACAGAGAUCCGGUCACUACAUGGUUUGGAGAACCUCGGUGCAGUCGUCAACGUAGGGACAUCUCGAAAGAAGCAACAGGCAGGCGGCAAGAGUUUCUUCAAAAGAGUCCACAACUCGUUCGAUCGCGCCACAGAUCCGGACAGUGUUGCUGCCAAGGUUGCGAGCAUGAAUCUGCCCUACGAAUGGCGUUUUAAUGAUGAAAGUGGCAUCGAUGUGGAACUGGACGAAUGGAAACCAAACGGCUAUUUCUCCAAAUCUCCUGGCGUCAAGACUCUCGAAAAAAUCAAGAGCAAGUUCAACGAAUGGGCAGCAGAUCCGGAAAAUAGCGCCUACCUCAGGCGUUGUGCCAGAGAGCUCGUCUCAAGGAGAAGAGCAAGAAUCAGGAAUUUUGCAAAGUGGGAGAUCUACGCGACAAGUGCUUCGUACAUGUGCGAGAUUGGUGAGUGCCGGAACAGGCCUAUCGCAGAUCGUACGACGCUCGAGACACACCUGAGAAGUACCCAUUCGGUUGCAGAAUCGGAGAUUUAUAGCACAGUUGGGGCAGCAACAAAAAUGUGGCGAUAUCAAAUACCGCAUGCAGAAGCUUGA